GCAGCGUACGGCAACGAGAAGCGACAACCGAGAAGAGGAGAGUUCUCGCGCGCGGGAGAAUUCUUCGAGUACUGUGAGCCGACGAUCAGAGUUUGGAAACGAUCAUACGCCUCCGCGCGUCCGUGGUGCCGCGCCGCGGAUGCCAACACCUGCGACGUGUCCGUGUGAUACGCGACCAGUGGUGAUAUAGCGCGGCGCAGCGGGGGAGCCAUGACUACGCGUGGAGAAUGGGCUCGAUCGCGUCGGUGCUGCAGUGGCAUUGCUCGGAGUGCGCCCUGAUAAAUCCGACGGAGAGCGCGAGAUGCGCCAGGUGCGGGCUGACGCGGAUCAGGAGCGACGAGAGAGCCAGCCGCGACAGGCCAGACCACCGUGUCAUCACCGCGGAGCGUAGCGGUAGCGCGCGGCAGGAGGGUGGGAAGGCGGGGGGAAGCGGCCGAGCGUCGACGAGGAGGCGCGAGGACGGUGAACGUUCGCGGGGGGUAUCCUCCGGAGAGUCGACGCCGCCGACGCCGCCACCGAGGACAGACAGAUUGGCACGCAACCCGACGGACACGUCGCUACCCGUCAGCCAAUGCGACGAGUCUCGACGACGUGCCGUUGUUCACGGUUUUGAAAGAUAUCUAUCUGCAUCCGACGUUAGAAAGAAUUCACAUUGCGGCUCAUGGGGUGGGAACUCAUCCGAGAGGAAACCGCUGAAACGUUUUUCGUCUUUACCUUCUUUAGUCACACAAUGGACUUGUAUUCGUUGUCUAUUGGACAAUAACUGCAGCUCAUUGAUUUGCGCGGCUUGUGAUGCCAAUGCGUCGAUAGCUCAAACUGACGGAAGGCAGAUUGGCGCACGCAAGAGCAAAAAGAUCAAUCAACACAAAGAGGAUCGUUUCAAAGUCGCUUGCCGACUAUUGGCCAACGCUCUAGAUGAGGUUGCUAGUACGAGCAGCUCCACUAACAAUGAUAAAGUUAAUAUCGCAGGCAUGGCACAGUUGACAAGCAUAAGUCGGAACGAAAGGAGCAGAGUAGAUCACAAAGACUGGAUCUUACCGUCAAUUGGAGCAAUGGAGUCCACGACACUUCCGUUCACGGAUAACACGGAUACCUCUCAACGCUCUCCGAAGCGACAUAGUCCAUCUAUGUACGAGCGAGUCAAAUCCAAAGUCAGUCGUUCCUUAUCGAACGGUUCCGUUGUUCAGAAACUGUCGGAGCACGUGGUCCAAAGACCUACGAGUUUGGUGGUACCAGAAGCGCGUCAGGACGACGGCUUAUGGAGCUGUGAUAAUUGCACAUUGGACAAUGCACCUGGUCUAGAGCAAUGCGAGGCGUGCGAUGCUCCUAGAAGUCCUGCGCCCUGCAGCGGAGUGGUUAUCAGCGUUCCGGCGUGGAUGCCACGCGCGUUAUCGUCCGCCGGGCCCUUGUCCUACAGAAGAUCCUUCUCCGACGCCGACUCGGUCGCGAAUGUUACCCAAAAGAAGACUGUCAACCGCAGAAGCCUGAACGACGAGGAACCGCCGGCGGUGCCGCCGCACUCCAUCGGCUUCAACACAAGACCAAAGUAUUCCUACAUAGGGAUUACGGAUCCCGAUAUACCGCCACCAUUGCCAAAGAAACAGAGCAGUAAGUUAGGUCUAGUGCCUACGAAGGCGCACAGCGAGGCGACCAGUCCGGUGGGCGAGGUAUCGAACGUGAGCACGCUCAAGCGCAUGUGGACCUGCAGAAAAUGUUCCUACGCGUACAAUCCACUGUGGUCCAGCGGUUGUGACAUUUGCGGCUCAUCUAGAUCGCCUCCGUCGUUAACGCAGCCUAGCUUGAUAACCGUGACGAAGGACACGAGUGGCUAUCCGCACGCACAGUCCCCAAUCGUCGUAUCGAGAGACAGCGUUAGAUACAUACCCUCGAAAUCAGCCACUUUGGCCACCGCGGAAUCCGAUUUGGACGAUCAGAUCGAUCCGCCGUCGCCGGUAUGGACGUGUAAGAAGUGCACACUGCUGAACGCCGCAUCGAGAACGACGUGCGAAGCCUGUUGCGGCUCCAAGUUGAAGAGUAUCAUGCACCUGGAGGACGCCACGCUGCGGAAAGGUGAGAGCUGGGUGUGCCCGUCGUGUACGCUGAGGAAUCCACUUUCAGCACAGAACUGUAACGCUUGCAAAACGUUAGCGGACUUUCUGGACGUUCCGAAAGACAAUAAGGCUAUAGGUCAACGGAGUCCGAGUCCGCGGCUCUGCGCGACUCCAGCAAAUGCCAAAGCAGUUACCCCGCGACACAGAAAUUCCAUACGAAGGAACGGUUCAUCGGUGAGCGACAAGAGGCACUCGAGGACCAGAGAUCCUUCGCACACUCAGUGGCAGUGUAAACUAUGCACCUACGAGAAUAAGAGUACGACUGCUCUUUGCGAGAUGUGCCAAAGCUCGAAGUCGUUGUCCCAAGUAUCGGGAGACAGAGAGAUACCUAGGCUUCUCGAGUCGGGCACUAGUACUCUUAGAAUACAGCGGCAGGAGAGCGUGGUGAUGGAGAAUCUCAGACAGCUGGAGGAACGAGAAGCGUUAGAGAAGUGGGAGCGCAUUGUACGAUAUUGCAAAGAGACGAACGAGCCGUUCGUCGACGAUUCAUUUCCGCCUGCUCCGAAAUCCUUGUACUAUAAUCCCGCGGAUACGAAAGAUAACCACGUCGUUCAAUGGAGAAGGCCGCAUCAGAUUAACGUCGACUCAAGUGUCGAUUCCAAACUGCCUUGGGCUGUCUUUAGGACACCCUUACCUUCUGAUAUCUCGCAAGGUGUCUUAGGGAAUUGCUGGUUACUAUCAGCUUUAGCUGUUCUAGCCGAGAGUGACGAACUCGUGAGAAGAGUUUUGGUCAUGAAGGAGACAUGCCCGGAAGGUGCUUACCAAGUUAGACUCUGUAAGGAUGGAAAGUGGACAACGGUGCUCGUCGAUGAUCUAUUACCCUGUGAUAAGAGAGGUCAUUUAGUGUACUCUCAAGCAAAAAGAAAACAGCUUUGGGUGCCGUUAAUUGAGAAAGCAGUUGCUAAGAUACACGGUUGUUACGAGGCUCUAGUAUCUGGUCGUGCUAUAGAGGGUUUAGCAACGUUAACGGGUGCCCCGUGUGAGAGCGUGCCUUUACAACCUUCAGCAUUGCCAAGCGAAGAUGAACUCGAUAGGGACCUAAUUUGGGCACAACUCCUGUCCUCGAGGCAAGCUAUGUUUCUGAUGGGUGCUAGCUGCGGAGGUGGUAACAUGAAAGUCGACGAGGAGGAAUAUCAACGAAAAGGUUUAAGGCCAAGGCAUGCAUACUCUGUCCUUGAUGUACGUGAUGUGCAGGAAAUAAUUACGCAGGGAAUACGAUUGUUAAGAUUACGCAAUCCUUGGGGUCACUACAGUUGGAAGGGAGAUUGGUCCGACGACAGUCCUAUAUGGACACCGCAGUUACGUGAGAUGCUCAUGCCGCACGGUGCUUCGGACGGUGUCUUUUGGAUAUCCUUCGACGACGUACUGAAAUACUUCGAUUGCAUCGAUAUCUGCAAGACGAGAGUCGGAUGGAGCGAAGUGAGAUUGCGUGGCACUCUCCCGCCGUUAUCGUCGCUCAGGCAUUUAUCGUGCGUUCUCCUAACGGUGUUAGAACCUACCGAAACGGAAUUUACGCUGUUUCAAGAAGGCCAAAGAAAUUCGGAGAAAUCGCAGCGUUCUCAAUUGGACCUAUGCGUGGUGGUCUUUCGUACGAGGUCGCAAGCCGCCCCGGAAGUCGGCCGAUUAGUAGAACACAGUAAGCGACAAGUACGCGGUUUCGUCGGCUGUCACAAGAUGCUAGAGAGAGAUCUGUACAUCGUGGUAUGCCUAGCCUUUAACCACUGGCACACCGGGAUGGAGGAUACGUCCAGCUAUCCAGAAUACGUUCUCGCCAUUCACAGUUCAAAGAGGCUUCUGGUCGAGCAGAUAUCACCGCCUGCCUUCGUUUUAGCUGACGCUAUUAUAAGCUUAACACUGGCGAAGGGACAACGGCACGAAGGCAGAGAAGGCAUGACUGCCUAUUACUUAACCAAAGGGUGGGCCGGUUUAGUGGUAAUGGUCGAGAAUCGUCACGUGAACAAGUGGAUUCACGUAAAAUGCGACUGCCAUGAAAGCUAUAACGUCGUGUCCACGAGAGGACAACUCAGAACUGCCGAUAGUGUUCCCCCCCUUCACAGACAAGUCAUCAUAGUUCUAACGCAAUUGGAAGGUAGCGGAGGUUUCUCAAUAGCACAUCGACUCACGCACAGAUUAGCUAACAGUGGAAAUCUACACGAUUGGGGACCGCCCGAUACUCAUCAUUGUCCUCAGAUCGAUACUCAGGUAGAAGGUUUGCACAGUCCUCGCUUCAUAACGUGAAAAGGCAGAGUGAAACGGAGAUGCAGAAGAUUAUCCGAGGAGGGCGUAGAGCCAGCUGUAAACCGGGAAACGAUUCUCGCACGCGCAAUGUCGGGAAAUUGACUGAAGAAAAACCAAAGCAAGCUAGAAACACUUCGGCGUACUAUAAAACGUUCUGAAGAGGUUUAGGAUCUUUGUGCUUUCUAGCUGAUAAUACUUCACGGAUGCUCUUAGCGUUGCAACAUGCUCAGCAUUGGACAUAAUACAAUAAGUAAUUAAUGUACAAUGGUUCUGGACCCAGUGGCAAUACAAAACAUGAAGAGAACUUUCUUUCGAGUAGAUAGUGAGUUAUGCACUUCGCGCGCGCGCGUUAAUGUGAGAGGAAAGAGACAAAUGACUUGAAAUGACAAAGAGUAAAAAAUGAAACUUACGUGCAAAUUAAGUGUUUCUGCUGGAACCAUUAAGCCGCAAAAAAGAAGACUUAUGGAAAAUUGAAUAUUUAUGAAGAAACAAGUUGAACAUUUUGCUUGUUAUAUAAACGAAAAAAAAAAGAAUUAUUUUCUCAACCUAACAUUUAAGCAUCGUAAGAAAUGAAAAAAAACCUAAAGGAUUACACAAUAAUGUAAUGUAAAAUGAGAUCAUUUUAGGAGACGUUAAGGAUGUGUGUGACCUCCGUACACAUUGUUUUUGGAAUUGCUUAGGAUGUAGUACGAUUACGGAUCGGGACAUUUCCAACUUGAACCUACAUUUACAUGCCGAUCCUACUUCUGUACACGUAAGGCCGUAUUUGAAAGACCCGCAUUUAAAGGAACUUGAAUUCGUACAGUUCCAUUUGACGUGCGCACGAUGAAAAAAAAGCAGCAAAGAAGAGCUCUAUGUAUUGAUUGUAGAAUGUAUCGAGCGUAGAAUCUCACCUAGACUUCGUUGUUCCCAUCUUGCAACUGGAUGGAGAGCUUGCGCUAACGUGGACGUAGCGUGCGGCUACAGAACCAAAGAUCUCUCUUGAAAGUUUGAAAAAAUAUCUUGACGCGUUCACUGCCAUUCUAUGCAAUGUAUAUAUAGCCUGUUUUGUGCUUCUGUUACAAAAUCGGAGGUAGAAUUGGAAUAGUCGGAGCUGACCUUCCGUGUUAUUACACAUUAAUUACACUGUUUUGCGUUGGCGCAAAGAUACGUUGCGAAAUACAUGCGCAAGCAUGGCAGUUAGCGGGUUGGACUUCAUUUUAAUUUUACGUUUACAUGCUUUUUCAUGUACGAAGAAACAAGUUGCCCUACCUUAAUUGCAACGUAUCACCUUUCAUGCGUUAUGUAAGAGCCAAUGAGCAUUCGGCUCUUCCGCGGAAAACCCGAUGUUUCGGCUUUGAUAUCAAACUGCCAUGCUCCAUAUUUUUAGACAAAAUGGUAAAAUGAUCGAUCGGCAAGCGCGACACGUCUGGCAGUGGCUAUUAUAUCGAAUCAAAAAAUUGUCGGAUAUGUACAGCCGUGUACAUUGAAUGCGAUGAUGCGACAAUAUAUACGCGAUGCUGUGAUCAGCUGAUGAUGCUUUGACUCGUGACCCGGAAACUUAAGUUUACCAAGGGAUCCUUUGUUUCGCAGAUUCAGAGCAUGUGAACGCAAUCUCAAUUAAAACAGUACAAAAUUUCCAUCUACGAGUUUGCUCGUUUUUAUCGAAAUGAUAUGUGGGAUGUAAUAUCAUGACUAUAUUAGCUUUAUCUUGACAAAAUCGCCGUAAUUGGCGAUGCAAAUUACAAUACAAUAUCGUUUUAAUUACACGAGUAUAAUCUCAUUUGUCUUCUCAUUAAACCGAACGAUUAGAGAUUAAUUCGCAUCGAUGUUUCGCAUGUCCACGCAUUUAAGUUGUGCAAAUCUGGUUUAUUCAAGUCGUUUGUUUUAUAUUGGAAAUCACGAUUCCACUUAUGCGGUUGCCUCCCGCGGAGGGAUAAAGCGCAAGCGGGACUCUCAUUCCCCCUCAUCGAUCUCAAAAGAGCAGGCCGAAUUGUCUUAGCGAGGCCUAAGUGUUAGCAACUAGUUUUAAGAAUUAAGAACGAAGAACAUAGUUUCGGGAAAUGUCCGUUUAAACAAUCCGUAAUGCGCGUAUUGACGGAAGUACACGUCCAUAUAAUCGGUCUUUACAGUGAUGCGCUCAAAGUUCAGUAAAAAAAAAGAGUUCGUUUGCGAUCGCGAGACUCGGCAUCCUUGCGAUGGCCCACGACUCAAACGACGUUUGACACGAGCAGCCUGCUAAUUAACGACAUGCCCGCGAACGUCGUUUAAUUCGUCGAGAUAUUCAAGGAAUUUAUUCUGUACGAAUACUCUUAAUACUUGCAAUAGAUUCUGUAUUGAAUGGCCUUCGUUUACAAAAAUAUAGUUUCGUAAAUAUAAGAGACGAGCUAUCGCGGUUGCGCGCUUCAGAAAAUCGGGGAAAUAAAAUGUCGAGAUUCAUCAGCGGCACUGAUGACGAUCGCGCGCACGCGAGGAAGAAGUUAAUUAAACGAGAGAAGUUUCGUCCGUUCGCUUCCUUGAAGCGCGCAACUCUCCUCACCGUGAGGAUCAUCACACGCGCACAUUCUUCAACAUACAUGAAGUACCGAAGGCUAGAAAAUCCUCAUUUUUUUGUACCAAGCAUGAGUUGCAUUUACGCGAGGGCGGUGCUUACGGAGAUUAUGGAUACGUUGAUACCUAGUGCCAUACGACGUCGUAUCGACGAGGUACCCCGCGUGAACGGACAGCGAGCCCCGACGAUGACUGUACAUUCGCAUGUCACAACGUAACGCGUGUAAGCGUUUUCCGCUUAUAAGAAUAAGCAAACAAAUAAUCUAUUUUACAUAUUGCAUAAUCACUGAGGCUAAAGCGUUAAGGCGUUCCCGUUCUGCGGCGUUCGGCGUUUGUGUUUGUCAAAACGGUAAUGUAAACUCAUUAACGGGUGCGUGUGGUAUCCGGUAUGCACGCGUGAUUCAUUCUCAUCACGCACGCAUGCAGCGAAUCGAUGUAAUCUCACACAGCAAGGGAGAAAUAAAGUGCGGGACUUUAACGUGUCGCUAUAAUAUUUUCAGAAAAUCGGACAGUGUCCGAGAUAUGCACAGAAUGACUCGAUAUAUCGUUACUGUGUGGGAUAACGUCCGAUACAUCGGAGCUACAACAACUGAUGUUACUCUACGGCUUAAAAAUGCAAAUGUUCUUCUAAAAAGCCUAUUGCGCCUAACGAGAUCGAUUUCUUGAAUUGGUUCUAUGUUGCGUCAGCUAGCACGUGCAGUAAUGUACCUUGUACGGGAUACCCCUUCUUCAAGCAACAGACUGAUAUCGGUUGUUCCAGUUCUGCGAUUUUGAUAUAUUUUGAUACAAUGGUAAAGUUCGAUCAUCGCCGUUCUGCCAAACAGUCGCCGUAAAAUCUGCACAAGUUAGAAGCGGACAAGAUAUACAUUUAGGAGCAAUAACUCAUCGUGCGUUUAGCGCUACACUUGCCUGACACUCAUCUCGCAAUCUCUCUACAUAAGAUUGUGAAAAUCGCGUUUGAGGCCUGUUGUAUCAUCAAUCUCGCGAUCAGCACUGCUCACGAUUCAUCAAAAUUUCUCUCUUUCUCUCUCUCUCUCUCUCUCUCUCUCUCUUUCUCUCUACCUUAUAGAUACAGAUCUGCGAAGAGAACCACAGUAUUUUAUUUUAAGCGAAAUAAAGUUCAGUACGAC